AAAACAUUCAAGCUAAUAAUUAUGUGACAGCGAUCGGCUGAUUGGUUUGAUCAUUCUUCUGGGAUCAAGGGGCACGGAUGUAAUGAAAUUCAAUGAAGAGAUAAAAAUCAAUGCUCCAGCACUACUGCCUGUGCCAUUUUCUUCAGUGCUCCUUGCUGGGUUUUUAUGCUCUUAAAUACUGAGGGAACCAGUAGGACACCUCAGCUCCUUAAAAAUGGGCAAAAUAUGGAACCAUUUUAAAUCUUGAUGCGGCACAGACUUAUCAGGUCUGUGGAUAAAUAAAUCUACCAUGCCAAGCCCAGGGCUGCUGUGGCCAUCCAGGAUAAAGGACCCACAGCUACGACAACUCCAUGACGCAAAAUGUAUCUGCCCCAAAACAGCACAACCUGGUCUUAUGUCUCCAAUGACUCUGCUGUGGUUGGGCCUGAUGAGCCAUGUACUUCUGGGAUACAGUCCAGGUGUGUUGGCUGGGGAGACAUGGGGCAUGGUGUCCAUCUGCCCCUUCCACUGUGUGUGUCGGAACCUAUCAGAGUCUCUAAGCACACUCUGUGUAAACAAAGGACUGCUUUUUGUCCCACCCAACAUUGACCGUCGCACUGUGGAGCUUCGUCUUGCUGAUAAUUACAUCUUGGAGGUGGGUGGAGCCGACUUUGCCAACAUGACAGGACUGGUGGAUUUGACGCUGUCACGUAACACCAUCCAUGCCCUACGGCCACUGGCCUUUGCUGAUCUGGAAAGCCUACGUUCACUGCACUUGGACACUAACCGCUUGACUGUGGUGGGACCUCAGGACUUAACUGGCCUUCUCAAUCUUCAGCAUCUCUUCAUAAACAACAACCAGCUUACUGACGUCUCAGCUGACGCCUUUGAUGACUUCCUUCUAACGCUGGAGGACCUGGACCUGUCCUACAACAACCUCCGCCGGGUUCCAUGGGAAGCAAUUCAGAACAUGGCCAGCCUAAGCACCCUCAAUCUGGACCACAACCUCAUAGACCAGGUUGCUGAGGGCUCUUUCAGUGAGCUCUACAAACUCUCCCGUCUAGACAUGACUUCAAACAGGCUGCAGACACUUCCCCCUGAUCCUCUGUUCUCCCGCUCACAGAUCGGUGUGAUCAGCCCCACACCCUACAAUGCCAUCAUCAGCCUGAAUUUCGGAGGGAACCCUCUGCAUUGUAACUGCGAGCUGUUGUGGCUUCGGAGGCUGACGCGUGAGGACGAUAUGGAGACUUGUGCCACACCUGUGCACCUUGCUGGACGUUACUUCUGGUCCAUUCCAGAGGAAGAAUUCACAUGUGAACCUCCUCUUAUCACCCGCAACACCAAUAAGUUGUGGGUUCUGGAGGGGCAAAGGGCCACAUUGAAGUGCCGUGCCAUUGGUGACCCUGAGCCUGUCUUCCACUGGGUCUCGCCAGAUGACCGCAUUGUGGCGAACUCCAGUCGAAUCCGCUCAUAUUACAAUGGAACCUUGGAUUUUUUGGUGACUCGUGCCAGAGAUGAUGGAACUUAUACCUGUAUUGCCAUCAAUGCGGCUGGGGAGUCCACUGCCCAGGUGGACCUGAAAAUCAUCCCACUGCCUCACCGGGGCAAUGGCACAGUCCCCCUCAUUAACCCUCGAGACCCUGGUUCCUCUGAUAUCAGCAGUGGUAGAGGAGGGGUAGGAGUGGUAACAGUGAAGAAUGUGACUGGAGGUGAGGGGGAGGAUGGAACUGGCAGUGGUAGCACUGGAACCGAGAGACUGGUAGCAGUUCUGGGAGUGACCUCUAACUCUGCUGAGGUGCGCUGGCACAUGGGUAGAACUUCAACACCUUACUUGGUGUGGAUGUACCAGAUUCAAUACAACAGCACAGCUGACGAUGCACUUGUAUACAGGAUCCUGCCUCCUACCAGUACUAGUUUCCUGCUGAAGAACUUGGUCUCCGGUGCAGACUACAGCUUAUGUGUCUUAGCCAUAUUUGACGAUGGCAUUUCCUCCUUGGCCACCACAAAAGUGUUGGGCUGCACCCAGUUCAGUACUAAAGAGGAUUACCCAGAAUGCCGCUCUCUGCAGGCUCACUUCCUGGGCGGCACACUGACUGUGAUGGUGGGUGGGGUGGUGGUGGUAACAUUGCUGGUUUUCACCGUGGCUAUGAUGGUGCGGCACAGAGUCUGUGGAGAUUGUAGGGACGACGCCAACCUGUCGGGCGAGUUCUUGCCAGUCAAAGGGGUGGAUGUUUAUGCCCAGACCAACGGAAACAACAGUGUGAUGAUGGUGGCCGUGCCAAACGGGUUGCUCACUCAACAGACGAAAGCAGCACCGGCCAAAGCCAAGCACAAGGCGAAAGCCAAAAAGAGCUCGGAGCCCCACUGUGACCAGGGCAUGGACAUAGACCCAGGGAGGGAGAAAUGCGCCCUCCCGUUCACACCAGAGAGUGACAGAGUGACACUCUACUACUCCUCAGCUAAAACUGCACAAACCCUUCCCCAGUCUGGAACUAAGGCUGUGAAGCAUGAAGGUAGACUGAAGCAUAGAAGGUCACUGGAUAGAGACAGGGACAAAGAUAAGGAGCAAGGCAAGAGGCAAGCCCUAGCCUCCCUGGCCCAAGCAGGGCCAGAAGACGGAGAGGGCAGCACGGACUUGGGGCCAGGAGAGACUCAGGCACUGGGGACCAAGCGAAGCAGCUCCUUCGACGCGGGUGACAUCAGUACCACCACGUGCUACAGCUACGCCAAACGCUUGAGUGUCAUCUGGACCCGUCGAAGCCAGUCGCUGCACGGAAUGCUGGUUCACUGCGCAUCCACCACUAGCACGUCCAGUGCCAGCAGCGAGCAGUACGGCCAUGCACUGACGCAGGGCUAUCUGCACGCCUACGCCUCCAACAACUCCUCCAACUCCAACUCGAACUGUAGCAUGGCUGCCAAUCCCGGAGACCUGGAGGAGAGCGUGGUAUAGAGGCUGAAGCGAGACAGGUAGAGAGAGCAAGUAAGCAAGUUAAAGAGCCAGCCUGAGGGAAAGUGCUCCAUGUUUAGCAUGUACCACGCAGAUAACCAUGCCAUGCAAAAUGUCAGAAGGAGGAAGCACAAAUGUUUUCACACAAAUGAAGGAAGAAAACAAACUAAAAAUAAUAAUAAUGAAAAAUGGAAAAAAAAACAAUUGUCAAGAAAGAACAGUGUAAUGAGGAGUUCUGUACACCACACAAAGAGUUGCCUAUUAUUUGGUGACCGCUAUUAUUCUGAGCCACUGUGAGGCCAAAAUCAAAUUAUAGGAAGACAAAGAACAAAGGGAAGGGGGCAGAAUUUGGAGAAAUGAGAUUCAAGGACUCGUUUGUUUGGUCGACAGGCCCCAAGCAUAUGGGGAUUACAACCUGGAGCUUCUGUUUCGACAAGAUUAAUUAACCAAUUAAUAAAUUAUUGAAUAGAUCAGCCACUACUUUA